UCGUAAAAGAUAAGGAAGAGACCGUCACGCUCUUUGACACUUUCCCAUCUAUAAUUUUUCUCGACAAACAAUCAAUGUGAAUGUUCCACUUGUUUUUCCUUACCUAAAGUUUCAAUCUUUCUAACUCUCCCUUCUCUACAAAGAAUAGUAUAAAUGUUCCCCUUGUUUUUCCUUACACAAAGUUUCAAUCUUUUUUUCUCUCUUCUCUCCUUGAGACAUGAACUGUCUGUUCUUGUUCAAAUCCAAGAAACCCGAACCCAGAAACAAACAAAAAGACAGAAGAAAAGCACAAAACUCAGCUCCAGAACUGAGGAACAAGAGCCAAACGCCGUCGUUUAACCUCCACAAACCGAGAUCUUUGCCUUCUGGGCGAAGUAUCAGAGACUUGGAUAGAGAGAGAGAACAGAGUCUUAGGGUAUUCACUUACGAAGAACUCAGUGAAGCCACUUGUGGGUUUAGCAGAAGGCUUAAGAUCGGUCAUGGUGGAUUCGGUAAUGUUUAUAAAGGAAAGAUUCCCACCACUGGAGAUUCUGAUCCUCCACUUGUCGUCGCCAUCAAGAAACUCAAUCCACAAGGUUUACAGGGUCACAAGCAAUGGCUAGCAGAAGUUGAGUUUCUAGGGGUAGUGAAUCAUCAGAACGUUGUGAAGCUCUUAGGUUAUUGCUCCGAAGAUGGGGAGAACGGAAUGGAGAGGCUUUUGGUUUAUGAGUACAUGUCUAAUCGAAGCUUGGAAGAGCAUCUAUUCACGCGUGGAGCUCGCACGUUACCAUGGAAACAAAGGCUUGAGAUCAUGCUUGGUGCAGCUGAAGGAUUGGCUUAUUUACAUGAAGUUAAGGUGAUAUACCGUGACUUCAAAUCCUCUAAUGUGCUUUUAAAUGAUGAAUUUUGUCCGAAAUUAUCGGACUUUGGGCUUGCAAGAGAAGGACCUCAGGGCGACAAUACUCACGUCACAACUGCAAAAGUUGGAACACAGGGCUAUGCAGCUCCUGAAUACGUGCAAACAGGCCAUUUGCGGUUAAAGAGCGAUGUAUAUAGCUUUGGUGUUGUGCUUUACGAGAUCAUAACCGGACGUCGAACCAUUGAGAGGAACAAGCCACCCGCUGAACGGAGACUAUUGGAAUGGGUCAAAGAGUAUCCUCCUGAUAGUCGACGCUUCAGCAUGAUCGUUGACCCGCGGCUACGCAAUAACUAUCCAUCUGCUGGAACGAGGAGUUUGGCAAAAUUGGCUGAUAUUUGCCUCAAAAAGAACGAUAAAGAGCGGCCCACGAUGGAGAUUGUAGUGGAAAGAUUAAAGAAGAUUAUCGAAGAGUGCGAUAGUGGAGAUUCUUAUAUAGCCGCGAGUAAAGAAAGUAGUUAGGUAAGAAGCAAUAGUAGAGCGCAGGACCUGGGAGGGGAGUUGAGAGAGGAGGUGUUAGUGUUAGAGAAUGAUUUUUGAGUUUGGAAUAUUUUUUGCAUAGUGAAUAUUAUACAAAUAAGUUUUUUUUUCAUCGAAUAUUAUACAAAUAAGUUAGUAAAUGCAAAUCAUGAAGUAAGAUGAAUACUAGAAAAAAUGAAGGAAAAUGAAUAUAUAUGGAAAUGAUUUGUUACAAGUUAUGUCUCAUAUAACUUUUGUUUCCAUGAAAAGGUAAGAAUCGCUACACUUUCAAAUGAUGGUUGUAUUGAAAUUCAUUUGAAUA